AUGGUCCAAAAGCUAAAUGUGGUUUCAGUUUUCCUAUUUCCUUUCUCCAUUUUCUCCGGACCUCUCUCGUUACAUCCCGUUCGUAAAGGCUCGCUCGCCGCAGUUGAAGGUUCGUUGCCGUUGAAGACUCGCUGUCGUCGAAGGCUCGCCGCUGUCGAAGGCUUUGCCGCACUCUACCGUCGCCGAACUGUUGAAGGCUCUAUUACCAUCGUCGAAGGUUCUGAGAACACUUCUUGCUGGAAAGGGAAGCAGAGCAUUGGGUCUGCAGGAAUGCUUAGGCACUUUUGGUCUUCAUAUCAAGUUACUACUAAAAACCUUGUUAAUAAGGAAAACCAGUGCACUGCCAGACUCCUGAGGGUGAAGAUCAGUUUAGAAAAUGAGAAAACAGUCCGGCAAGAAGGCUAUCCUGUUGAAAAUGCUGGGGAUGCUGCCCUACCUCCAUAGACCAAAGGUAGCCCUCGAGAGUUCAUCAGUAAGCAUUGGGAAGCUCGUGAACCAGACUUUCUCAGAAUAUUUGCAUCACUGGAUAGACCUUAUUUUUGGAUACAAGCAAAGAGUGAAAGAGAGGUAUUGUUUUGAUGUAUAUACUUGCCCCUUCGUGAUUAUUUGAAUGUCCAAAUAUUGUAAUUAGAUUAUUACAGGUUAAAUUUUUUACUUUUUCUUUCAUUGUUAUGGAAGGUUUAGCCCUACAAUCCAAUAUCGCUGUCUUUAAUUCUAUACACUUUAAUUGUCGUUGAACAUGGUCAU